AUGAAGGUGACUGCCCACAAACUGGUGGCUCCUGUCACCAUCGUCUUCGAUUCAACAUUUAAACCUGGGACGAAGAUGAGGAUCUCCGGCUCGAUGCCAGAUCCGUAUGAUUCGUUCCUUAUGGAUUUCUGCUGUGGGGAGGGGAACACUGAUGACAUUGCCAUGCGGAUGAAGCCCAGCUUCCAGUCCCAAACUGUGGAGUUCAGCACCAGGAAAAGCCAGGAGUGGACCCAGCCAGUUAUUGUGAAACAGAACCCCUUCAGGAGGGGGCAACCGUUCCUCCUGGAGCUUCAAGUCGUGCAGGACAACUACAGGGUGCUGGUGGAUGGAUCGCCAUUACAAGACUUCAAAUAUGACACCACCCAGGAUCCAGUUCGUGUUCUCAAGAUAGUUGGACAAGUGGAGAUCCAGAAGGUCGAGAGAGAUGUGUGA